CCUUUGCAGUCCGAAGCGGGGAAUUACUCUCAUCACUCAGGCAGUAUCGCGCAUUUAUCCGCUUCACUGAAAGGAUGUAAAGAGCCCUGGAGUAUUUCUACAGUGCCUAGUGAUCAUAAUUUAACAUAUAGACUUGAAUAGUUAUCAUUAAUCGACGGUGAGUUUACAGAAAUGCGCGUUUUUAUCCUCCUGUCGUGCAACACUGAAUAGAUUUGACCUGAAUAGCCGUUACAGAGAGAUGGACACGGAAAGGGGCCUAGAAUAAACACUGUAUGGAUCUCUCAUCCAUGGCAAAAUGUGAAAGCCGAGUCGUGGUUUGGAUUCCUCAGCACUGAAAGUUGGUGCAUCCUGAACUGGACAUCUUGCGUUGGAGAUUUUAUCCUUUCACUGGAUCUAAUUUAACACAUUCGGCUACAUCCACACCCCAAACAAUGGUAAAAAUGGUGGGGUAUAGUGUCAGGAUAUGCAAAGCUCACUUCGGGAAGCGAGGAGGCCAUUUGGGGAUCAUCCAUUACCUCCUCAUUAUAGUCUUCUGUGGCUCCCUGCUUGCUUUCCUCUUCGUUGACGUCAUUGAAUUAUGGGUGACUGCGCUGGGGAUGAGCCGAUUGGAAAGUCCUCAAGGGGUGGUUCUUCCACACAGUGUUCCUCCAACCCGAUCUGAGGAGUUCUUGCUGAUGCCUAGCAUCCACGUGUGCGAACGUGCCAAACCCUACCUCAUCACUUUAGUAGCAACUGCACCUCCUAAUAGAAAGGCUCGCCAGGCAAUCCGGGACACUUGGGGUGGGGAAGUGCACGUCAGAGGUCACCGGGUCAUGACCCUCUUCGUUGUAGGUCAACCAACAGACCCGGUUAUUGGAAAAGAGCUAAUCGAAGAAUCAAAAGAGCGCGGGGAUCUAAUACAAGGUCGCUUCACUGACACAUACACCAAUUUAACACUUAAAACGCUGUCUAUAUUAGGAUGGGCGCGCCGCUUCUGUCCACAGGCGCACUAUGUUGCUAAAGUAGACGAUGAUGUGAUGUUCAACCCAAACGCGCUGCUUCAAUAUCUCAACCUGAGCUUUAAAAGAGACGAGAGCGAACUUCUUGAGCUUUAUUUAGGUCGUGUUCAUAUGCAGGUCGCACCCGAUCGCAAUCCCGCCAGCAGACACUUCAUGUCGGAGACUGCAUACGCUGGGAUGGUCCUCCCGGAUUACUGCAGUGGGACGGCGUAUGUGCUUUCUCGCUCAGCUUUGCUGAAGCUGUCCCUAGCAGCGGUUGCCAUAAAUCUACCCAAACCUUUGCCCCCGGAGGAUGUGUUUGUAGGCAUUUGUGCUCACACCGCAGGAAUCAAUCCAACCCAUUCUCCAUUCUUCUCUGGAGGACCGGCCGUACCGUACAGCCGCUGCUGCUACCAGACGAUGGUGUCCGUCCAUCAUACCACACCAGCUAAUAUGUUAAACUACUGGACGGACAUGCACUCCUCCGGCCCGUGCUCAUGGUUGGGUGUGCGGACGUCUUUAGGUGUCUGUAAAGUAAGGGCACUUCUUGGGACACUCUUGAGGAGGGAUUAAGUGAGCCUAAAGUAAAGUGGAAGAAAAGCACACACACACAAAGAAUAUCCGCUUGCUAAGUCGUGACGUUUGAAAUGUGUCCAGGUCCGAGCUGCUACUCGUUUAAAUUAAGAAAAUAUUUGUUUAUGUCCCCUAUUUUAGUCAUAUAACACCUUAAAGUGAAUUUUACAGCAAUAUUUUAACUAUGUUCAAAAACUGUAAGUGGGAGCGACACGGUGGCUCAGCGAUUUGUUAGCACUGGGGCCUCACAGCAAGAAAGUCGCUGGUUCGAGCCCAGGCUGGGUCAGUUGUCGUUGGAUGCAGGGUUGUUGCGAUAACAUUUCAAGAGUUCACACUUAGCUGAUGAUUUACAAAAGCUUGUUUGGCAUGCUGUCCCGGGAGAGAGCCCCGAGCUCAAGGGCUCCUCGAGCCCGGGGC